GCCCGCCCCUGUCUGGGGCUGAGGGGAGGCCUGGAGCCUUUCUGGGGCCUGGGGGAUCCUCUUGCACUGGUGGGUGGAGAAAAGUGCCUGCAGCCAACCAGGGUCAGGCUGUGUUCACAGUUUCCUCUGGCGGCAUGUAAAGGCUCCACAAAGGAGUUGGGAGUUCAAAUGAGGCUGCUGCAGUCGGCCUGAGGGAUGGACCCGAAGCCCUGAGAGGUACUGCCGUAGCCCCAGACCUACAGAGCAUGGCACUGAGGCAGCUGCCCGGCCCGCUGUGAGCAAAAGCAGGUUGCGAUCAGCCAUCGCCCCAUCCCUGCAGAGCUGGCUGCAGGCAGAGCCGGCAGAGGCCAGUGAGGCAGUGCUGCUGGGCUGCCAGUGCGGCCUGCGACUUGGGUUCCUUCCUAGAGUCCAUGGACAGGCUAGCCCGCUGACGGCCACCGUGAAGCAUGUGAGGAGCCACCCUGGGAGCCAAGCAGGAGGACGAGGCUUUCAUACAACUACAAAGAGUAACUACUUACUGCAUUGCAAGAACCAUGCGGCCACUGUGCAUGACGUGCUGGUGGCUGGGACUGCUGGCCACGCUGGGAGCUGCUGCAGGCUCAGAGGAUGGCUUUGAGGGCACUGAGGAGGGCUCACAGAGUGAGUUUAUUUACCUCAACAGGUAUAAGCGAGCAGGUGAGUCCCAGGACAAGUGUACUUACACCUUCAUCGUACCCCAGCAGCGGGUCACUGGUGCCAUCUGUGUCAACUCCAAGGAGCCUGAGGUGCUCCUGGAGAACCGUGUGCACAAGCAGGAGCUGGAGCUGCUCAACAAUGAGCUGCUCAAGCAGAAGCGGCAGAUUGAGACCCUGCAGCAGCUGGUAGAGGUGGACGGCGGCAUCGUGAGCGAGGUGAAGCUGCUGCGCAAAGAGAGCCGCAACAUGAACUCGCGGGUCACGCAGCUCUACAUGCAGCUCCUGCAUGAGAUCAUCCGCAAGCGGGACAACGCGCUGGAGCUCUCCCAACUGGAGAACAGGAUCCUGAACCAGACGGCUGACAUGCUGCAGCUGGCCAGCAAGUACAAGGACCUGGAGCACAAGUACCAGCACCUGGCCACGUUGGCCCAUAAUCAGUCAGAGGUCAUCGCACAGCUUGAGGAGCACUGCCAGAGAGUCCCCGCUGCCAGGCCCAUGCCCCAGCCACCCCCUGUCACCCCACCCCGGGUUUACCACCCACCCACCUACAACCGUAUCACCAACCAGAUCUCCACCAAUGAGAUCCAGAGUGACCAGAACCUGAAGGUGCUGCCACCACCUCUGCCCACCAUGCCUGCCCUCACCAGCCUCCCGUCCUCCACAGACAAGCCGUCAGGCCCAUGGAGAGACUGUCUGCAGGCCCUGGAGGACGGCCAUGACACCAGCUCCAUCUACCUGGUGAAGCCUGAGAACACUAAUCGCCUCAUGCAGGUGUGGUGUGACCAGAGACAUGACCCUGGGGGCUGGACAGUCAUUCAGAGGCGCCUGGAUGGCUCUGUCAACUUCUUCAGGAACUGGGAGACAUACAAGCAAGGGUUUGGGAACAUUGAUGGUGAGUACUGGCUAGGCCUGGAGAACAUUUACUGGCUGACCAACCAAGGCAACUAUAAACUGCUGGUGACCAUGGAGGACUGGUCCGGCCGCAAGGUCUUUGCAGAAUAUGCCAGCUUCCGUGUGGAGCCAGAGAGCGAGUAUUACAAGCUGCGGCUGGGGCGCUACCAUGGCAACGCAGGCGACUCCUUCACCUGGCACAACGGCAAGCAGUUCACCACCCUUGACAGAGACCAUGAUGUCUACACAGGGAACUGCGCUCACUAUCAGAAGGGAGGCUGGUGGUAUAACGCCUGUGCCCACUCCAACCUCAACGGGGUCUGGUACCGUGGAGGCCAUUACCGAAGCCGCUACCAGGAUGGGGUCUACUGGGCUGAGUUCCGAGGAGGAUCCUACUCACUCAAGAAAGUGGUGAUGAUGAUCCGGCCCAACCCCAACACCUUCCACUAAACCUGCUCCCCUCCUGCCCUGGUAUGGCCACCUCCAGGAGCCCACCCUGGCCUCGCAGGUCCAGCACAACAAGCAGCUCCUCCCCAGUUCUCGGGGCUGGGAGGACUCAAACCCUGGAUUCUGUUUUCCCAAGUCACUGUGCCAGAUAAUGGAAUGGAACACAUACCGUGUUCUCUCUCUGUCCCUCAUACUUUUCUUCACACCAGAAAGCUCCUCAUGUUUCCAGAACAGAACAGAACAGGACUGCUGACAACUCUGUUUAAAAAACAGAAGUCUCUAUAAUAAAAACACAACUGCAGACUGUCUUUACAGUAUCCAGUGCAUGAGCCUCCCUGUGCACUUAUGUGUACACCUCAUGUGUAUGCACUUAGAUACACACCCCUCGUGCUGUCUGGAGAGACACAUGGCUUUGCCAUGUAACGUUCUCUAGACCAUAUUAUACUCUAGCUACAUAAUCUAUUCAGUUCUCAGAUGGUGAAGCUGACACCAACUGCUUUGCUCUUAGAAUAAACCAUUUCCUUACUGCUGUGUGACUUGUGCCUACAGGCAAAUCACAGGCUGUGUAGCACCAGUUCAAAGACUAAUCCAUGGCCUAGCACUGGUGUGCCUGGCUUCUUUCAGGAGGGUUUAUGAGGCUCCAAGCUCCAAGCUCCAGGCUCAUCUCUGGCAUAGGGGUUCCUCUCUUAAGAACCCUCGGGAGCACCUAAUUGAAUUUCAAAUUCCUUUCUCUCUCCAUUUAUACGCCUGCCCAUUCUCAGGACUCUUCAUCACCCCUCCAUCCCGUUUACACUCACCCAGCACCUCCCGAGCCUCUGCCCCUGGCUGCUCACUGUUGUUUGAGGCACCUCUUCUCUUGCUACCCAUGUCUACCUUUGCUGCCACAGAGACCUUCUUUCCUGGCAAAAUGUUUCUACUUCUGAGGAGAAAACAGUUCGGACUUGGGUUCUGGCUGGAAAAGGGGAGGCCAGACCAAAAGCUACAGCAGUGAUCACAUAGAUUAUGUAUUUAGCUUUGUAUGCUCCACUCAUACUUCAGCUUCUACUUCAUUUUAACCUCUGCACGAGUAGCAGUCUACCUUGCCAGAGACACUCAGAUGAAGGGAACCUAAUGCCAGGGCAUAGAGGUCCCAACAAGACUAUGGACUGGAGGUCCCAACAUGGGCAAGUCAGAGCUGGCCCCUAAUCUGUGAACUAUGCUUUUCUGGAGGACAGGGGCCACGCACAGAACUGACUGCUUCUCAAGAGCUGCUGGAUCACUAGGCCCCCAGAUCCCUCGGGGGGUGCUCUGCAGCAUGGCAGCUUCCUAACUCCUGUUGGGCCCCACAGUGCCAGGAUGACUGCCAAGCCAGGGCAAGAGAUGAGUCAGGAGGGCGAGACCCUCCCAAGGGUAUAGGGGUUGGGCCUGUGAGGUGUGGGGUGUUUGGUACUGUCCACGUCUGGUGCGAGCCUGUUACCUCAGCAUUUCUCAGAAGUGUAUCAUGUAGCAUGUUUCAUGUAUAUAAAAGGGAGGGUUUUUUUUUUAAUAUAUUCCCAGAUUACCCUUGUAAUGACAUGAAUCUGCAAUAAAAGCCAUCAGUGCUA